GCUCUCAACGAAUUAACGUCGGCUUUCGAACGUUCCCGCGCGAAUGCUUCGUUCCAAUUUCGAAUUGUGAAAACGUGUCAACGAGGAAGUGACUUUUUCGUUUUGUAUCCUAGAGUGUUUGAAUUUUAUUUACGAGCAGUGUUUGUUAUGAACCUCUUCCGUAACUGGAAUUAAAAAAGUUUAAGAAAGUUCGCUGAGUGGAGUUCAUCGUAAAAUGGUAUCACUAACGAAGUGUGAAAGUGUAGUGUAGUGACAAAGUGUAGUGUAAUGUCAAAGUGACGUGUAGUGUCGAGAUGGAAGCGACUCCACUGCCGCUAGAGGUAGAUGAGGAAGGUCGCCCUCAACAGGGCUCGUCAACAGGCAGCGGUUCAUCGUCAGGCACCGGGUAUUAUGGACACAAAAAUGGAGAGUGGAGAGGAGAGAGGAGAAUGUUGGACAUCACACGUGAUAAACCUGUCAAAGUGUGCGUCAGAGUGGUGGUACCAGUGCGGGAUCAUCCCAAGUUCAACUUUGUGGGCAAGCUGUUAGGCCCCAAGGGGAACUCUUUGAAACGGCUGCAGGAAGACACGAUGUGCAAGAUGGCAGUCCUCGGCCGCGGUUCCAUGAAGGAUCGUCAGAAGGAAGAAGAGCUCCGUGUGUCAGGAGACCCCAAGUUCGCUCACUUGUCUGAUGAACUCCAUGUAGAAAUAAGUGCUUUUGCCACUCCAGCCGAGGCGCAUGCGAGAAUCGCGUAUGCCCUCGCUGAACUUAGAAGAUUUCUAGUACCGGACUACAAUGACGAUAUACGACAAGAACAAAUGCUGGAGAUGCAGAUACUGUCGUCACAGAACGAGCAGAGGAGGCUGACUCCUCCAGAUUCCUCCAGGAGUGGUAGUGAGGAAGCACUGCCACUACGCGACACCGCACAAAAACAUAGGUUAACCGGAGUCCAGCCGUCGCCAGCCCAAGCCGCACUUCCUGGUGGCAUCCCAAUAAACCAUGGUGCCAACGCGAGGGAUUUUUCUCCCCCGGCACCGACUCCGGCACCUGAUCAUCUAACUGCAGCCCAUCAUCAGUUGGCAGCAGGGCACACCGGAGCCCACCAUGGUGUGCUGGUCGGCGGUGGAGUCUUACAGCAGCCUCCCACUCACCAUAUACUCACACAGAAUUCCAUACUAGGUGGAGGGGAUAUAUUGGGACUUAGCAGCCCCGUGCUUGGGGGUGUGUUGCACGCCCACCCCGCACUGCGAGGGGUGAAACCGGCCGCUGUGCACGCGCUAGCGACGCAAGGUGCGGGUGGGGCGGCGGCUGCGAGCACGGCCCGCAAGCGGCCGCUGCUGGGCGGCGCGCGGGCCGCCAUGUCGCCGACUAAGAGAGCCGUGAUGACGCUGCUGGCGAGGGCCCGCGCAGCCACCCACAAGCACGCGCCCACCUGGCCUGCACCCCACGAGCAUACAGCGCUGCUCCCACUCAUCCGGGAUGAGUUCGUGACAGGUGUGGGUGUUAAUAUCAACUUAGCAUAAUCUAUAUUAUACUCGCUCUAGUCGAAUUGUCAUAUACAGGGUGUGAACGUACUGGAGUGUUGUUGUGACAAAUAUAACACACUGUAGA